AGCCUGAUUGGGCAGCCCAGAUCUCCCGCGGAGCACGUGCUGACCGCCGAGUCCGCUAUCUUAUCUGCGUCGCAUUCAGAUCACAGGCAGAAACAAACCUGCCCUCCAGCCACAUAGCAACUCAUUCCUACUCAUACAUUACAUACGCGCAUGUAGCAAAGGGCUAGCAACCGUUCGUGCAGACCAAUUAGCACUCUUUGACUCAUUUCUCCACUUGACAUCCGUCAAUCCAAGGGGCACCUCAGUAUAUACUCCCCCUCACAAGCCGGCCUCCCCACCCCCUCACCAAGCCGCAACCGACCGCUAAACCACCACUUUUCCCACAAUCUCUCAAUUGAACCUCUCAAGCCUUAGACGGCAAAAAUAAAUAUGGGCAACAUUUGCUCCAGUUCGAAAAACGAACCCGAAGCCUUCUCAACCCCCGGCCGCGUCCUCGGCUCCUCAACAGCCAACGACAACACCGCCCCGCGCGCCUCCGUCCCUGCAGGCGCAAAGUCAAAACAGUCACCCUGGAAGUCUCCGGGGAGGACCUUGGGGGGUGGAGGUAGUGGUGGUGGAUCUGCUGCUGCAGGAUCGAACGCAGAGACAGGGCCAGGCACGGAGACGGCGGAAGAUGCGCGCGCUAGGGCGGCAGCUGCGGCUCAGGCACGAGCUGAGGCGAAGACUGCAAAUAAAGGGAAGUUAGGGACGAAGUUGGCGGCGCAAAAGGCGCAGACACAAUCGCAGACGUUGAAUGAAGUGAGCCGGGGUGAGAGAGCCGCUAGGGAUGCGGAUGGCGCCGAGGCUGCAAGGAGAUGGGAGUAGGUUUCGUGAAAGUGAAGAUCGAGGAUAGUGACGAUGUAUAUGAACCAUGUCGCGAACUCCAAGAAGCUUGUAUAGAAUUGGAGAGGGGUCUUGUUUAGUAGCAACAGAUAACGAGUCUUACGAAAUACCUAUAAUACUACGAGUAUCAAUUAUAAUAACGAGUGUUGAUUGGCA